AGGGCGCGUCGGGGCGGGGGCGCCGAGUCCAAGGGCACCAGCGGUCUGUGGGCCCCGGGCGGGGAGCUGGGGCCGAGCCCAGGCGGCGGGAGAGAGGGCGCGUCUGAUUCAGGAAGUUGUGUCUCUGACAUCAGGGGCAGGACGGAGUUGGAGCGAAACCUCAGAAAUGUGAGGCUCCAGCCUCAGGAGGGCAAAGAACGCACAGGGGGCUUUCCUCGUGGUGAGGGCAGGUACGCGCUGCGCCCGGCUCCCACCUACCCCUCCGCGCCGCACCUGGCUCCGCAGGGGAGCGGGCUUCUGCACAGGGACCUUGACCUCCGCCGGGACCCCUGCUGUCAGACGGGCCGCGCCAGACCCCCGCGCCACCGCGCCUGUAGGAAGCCCUCCGGUGGACUGCGAGGAGGAGGAGCCAAGAUGGCAGAACAGCAUGGAAGUUUUUCGUGUGUCUCACGUCCAUGAAAUACAGCCAGACCAACACUAAACCGUCCUGCACACCUAGAAAACGGAUCUGAGGAUUAACACAACAAUCUGCACAACCUGAACCACAGAACUCAGCAGCUGGUAACAGGUGCAUGCCCAAGCCCAGGGCUCGAAGAGGAAGAAAUUGCAAGUGGACAAGGCUGUCUCAGCUUGAGCCCAGGACUUUCUAGUGAGCUACGAGUUUCCUGUGGCCCCAGCCUAGCCCGGCGCCAUGGAGAAGAUCAGCUCUUUCUUCAGCAUCAUUUGGGACACCAUCUUGACCAAACACCAACAGGGCCUCUUUAACACCAUCUGCCUGGGCAUCCUGCUGGGGCUGCCACUACUAGUGGUCAUGACAUUCAUCUUCAUCUGUUGCCACUGCUGCUGGAGCCGGCCAGGCAAGAGUGGCCCACAGCCGGAGCGAAACAAAGGGAAGAAGAAAAAGAAGAAGAGGAAGGCCGAGGAAGACCUCUGGAUCUCUGCUCAGCCCAAGCUUCUCCAGAUGGAAAAGAGGCCAUCACUGCCUGUCUAGUUAGGCAGGGAGCAGAGGCGUCCUUCCUCGGGGACUAAGCCACCUUCCAAACACACACGGGCUAGAGAGCAGCAAUGCCCAAAGUGAUGCACUCGUGUCCACAGAGUCCCUAACCAAGGGACGAACCUCAGGCUGAGCGUCCCCAUGGAGGACACCCCAGAAAGAAUAUGGACAGUUCUUGGGCACUGUCUUGGCAGCUAUGUGUCCAAUAACAAUGCUCUUUACCACAGACUCAGGCAUCUUUUCCACCUGCAUCCCGCAAGCUCCAUCCGUAAAAGUACAAGGAACAUUUGUCCAUACAUCUUGACACGUCUCCCAAAUGCACACACAUGCCCACCAUGCACACAAUAGUGCCCACACGCACACACAUGUACACACGCGUGUGAAUUCAGGCAACAGGUACCUGGGCAAAUAUAUUCUGUUCAUCAAAUGGUCAUUGACGACCUACUUUGUACAUCAUCUUCUCUCCCAAAAAUUUCUCAUAGGAAGGCCUGGCCGGAUUCGGGCACACGUGCACAAUUACAUAC